UUUGGCCCGGGCGCCGCGCCGUCUCCCCGCCCGCCCGCGCCGCUGCCAUGGCGGCGGCUCCGCCGCUCUCCAAGGCCGAGUACCUGAAGCGGUACCUGUCCGGGCCGGAGGCCGGCGCCCAUGGGGGGCCCGAGGCCGGCCGCAAGCGCCGCAAGAAGCGGCCGAAGCCCGUCGGCGCCAGCGGCAAGGGGAUGCGGAUCGUGGAUGACGAUGUGAGCUGGUCAUCAAUUUCCGCCACGAAACUGGAGAAGGAAGAAGAGGAAGACGAUGGAGAUUUGCCUGUGGUGGCUGAAUUUGUGGACGAGCGGCCGGAAGAGGUCAAGCAGAUGGAAGUCUUCCGCUCCAGUGCCAAGUGGAAGCUUCUGGGAGGCCAGAAGGAAGAGCUGUUCUCAGAAAGACACUCCCAGGACGAGACCCCGGGUUCCUCUUCUAAGAAGAGCCUCCACGACACCCCGGACCCUUCUCCCCCCCAGAGGGUCCGUCACGACACGCCGGAUCCUUCUCCGCCCCGGAGGGCCCGUCACGACACGCCGGACCCUUCUCCCCCCCGGAGGGCCCGUCACGACACACCGGAUCCUUCUCCCCCUCGGAGGGCCCGUCAUGACACGCCAGACCCUUCUCCCCGGAGGACCCGUCACGACACGCCAGAUCCGUCUCCCCCCCGGAGGACCCGUACCAAUACCCCGGACCCUUCUCCCCCCAGGAGGGCCCGUCACGACACCCCGGACCCUUCUCCCCCCAGGAGGGCCCGUCAUGACACCCCGGAUUCUUCUCCCCGCCGGAAGCCUCAUCAUCCUUCAGGUGUAUCUCCUCGGAGGACCCGUCGUUCCACACCAGAUCUGUCCCCUCCUAGGAAGACGCGUCCCAGCCCCCCUGAAACAUCCCUGUCAGGAAGGACUCGUGGCUACUCGAAUACAGCCCAGCACAGGAGAGCUCACCCUGACUCCCGGGACCUGGACACAAGUGCCCCUCAUUCAUUGACCAAAGCCAAGAGCACCCGAGCCCCAGAAAGAACCUCUAGCAAGCACGACUCCAACGCAGACCUGUCCCCGCCCCGGAAAAAGCAAGCCAAGACCCACUAUACAGCGCGUAAACCAAGCCCAGGGCGCCGGAAUUCCGAUUCCGAUCUGUCUCCUCCACGGAACCGACCCCGGCCACAGAGCUCCGACUCCGACCUCUCCCCACCAAGGAGGAAGCAGAGGGCCAGCUCCGACUCCGACCUCUCCCCGCCCAGGAGGAAGCGGAGGGCCAACUCUUCUGAUUCAGAUCUGUCUCCACCCCGAAGGAGUCAGCCUCGGGGAAAGAAGGCUGCACACAUGUAUUCUGGAGCUAAAACGGGGCUGGUGUUAACAGACAUACAGCAGGAACAGCAGGAGCUCAGGAAACGGGACCAAGAGACUGUGGCACUUGAAGCUGAAUUCCAACAUGCUGAAACUGUAUUUCGAGAUAAAUCUGGUCGUAAGAGAAAUUUGAAGAUGGAACGUUUAGAGCAAAGGAAAAAGGCAGAGAAGGACUCAGAGAGAGACGAGCUAUAUGCCCAGUGGGGGAAAGGGCUGGUCCAGAGCCGGCAGCAGCAACAGAAUGUGGAGGACGCCAUGAAGGAGAUGCAGAAGCCUCUGGCCCGCUACAUUGAUGACGAAGAUCUGGACCGGAUGCUGAGAGAACAGGAGAGAGAGGGCGACCCCAUGGCCAACUUCAUCAAGAAGAAUAAGGCCAAGGAAAACAAGAGUAAGAAAGCGAGGCCCCGCUACAACGGUCCGGCACCGCCCCCCAACAGAUUCAAUAUCUGGCCUGGAUAUCGCUGGGACGGCGUGGACAGGUCCAACGGAUUCGAACAGAAGCGCUUUGCCAGGCUUGCCAGCAAGAAGGCGAUUGAGGAGAUGGCCUAUAAGUGGAGUGUUGAGGAUAUGUAACUGUCUGGAGGCCGUGGGAGUGACGAUGGAUCGUGGCGGUGGACGUAGGACGGCCCGUUGUCCAGCAGUAACUGUGUCUCGGGUCAUAAUCGGAGUCAGCAUGUCCUGGCCACUUGUGGAGUGCCAGUUUGCCCACAGAAGAAUCGCACACCUGUUUGGGUCCAGGCUCUGCCCAGGCACUGGCACUCGCUGGCCUCCAGGGGACGCACCGGCCCCUUCGUGUCCUGGGUCUGUUC